UUCUCUCCGGGGAAGUAGAUGCUUGUGACAUUUUUUUACGUUGCCUGCAAGAUGUUUACUCGGUUUAACAGUGAAAAAUUUACCAUGGCGCCCGGACAAAAUUGGAUACAAAACCUCAAUGGUAUCAUUAUUUAAAUAAAUAAAAUCACGAAGAAUAUCUAAGAGCAAUUACGGGCCAUGGAUGAUGAGGAACGUCUUGAAGGUGAGGAGGAAAUGGAACUGGACGAUCCAUCUGAUGGUGAUGAUGAUGAUGAAGAGACAUCGGGGAUUCCUGUAUCACCAGCAAACUUAGAACAAUUACUUGGAGUCCCACCAACUUCUGGCAAUGUGACCCCCGAUGAAGCCUUUCAUGACCCACUGCGUUAUCAAAAGUUUCCAUUUCCUGGCGGGAAACCUCUGACGAAUAUCAGACGAGGUCCCGGUAGACCGAGAAAAGAAAGACCUCCUGGAUCCAUGCGUGGUGGGGGUUCUCGUAGACAUUUUAGUAGAGGUUCAACUAGAGGCAAAGGGUUGGGUUAUGCAAGGGGAAUGCCACGCAGAACAAAAAGUAAAGAUGACGAUACUCAUUCGGAGUCACAGAGUCCGUUAAGGCUUAACGAUGAUUCUGGUAUGGAUGGUGAGUCUUCGGGAGCUGGAGUUAUGCCAGCACCUGAAGAGCCGCCGUAUUUUCCAGAGCAAUGGCCGCGGAAAGUAUGUGCAUUUUGCAAUUUAGGAGAAAGAAGUCAGCUAGGACAGGGUGAGUUGGUAAGGCUGUCGUGUCCCGAAGAUUUCACACCAGAGAAAGCUGUAAAUCGUGGGGAAGUAGAUCUUAUGGACGUGUCUUCCACGGGUGAUAAAAGCCCACGUGGUACCAUGGGCGGGGGAGCAGUGACUUGUCGUCGUCAAAAAAGUCUAGCUAAAUGCCGAAAUCCUAGUCUUACUAAUUUUACAGAGCCAGUUGAGGAGCUGUCAAUUGUCGGUUACUCCGAGGAACCCGAGCUGGCGGCAUUGUUUGAAACAACUGGUCAUUAUUACGUCCACACUUUUUGCGCCAUGUGGUCGAGCAGCACUCAAGAGCUGAUAACAGAGCGCAUAAGUCCAGCAAUAGUACAAUCGUCAUCACGUCGCUGUUCUUACUGUACCCAUUACGGAGCAAGUAUUCAAUGCAAAGUGUUAACGUGCAAUCGUAUAUUUCAUUUGCCAUGCGCUGCAGCGUCAAGUUGUUUUCAGGACAUGAAAACACUGUCGUUAUUUUGCAACCAACAUCUAGCCCAAGUGUCUAUUUUACUAGAAAACACCGACGCGAUUUGUAUUUCCUGUUACAAAAUGGAUGAUGUCGGUAAUCUGGUGAUGUGUUCAGUCUGCGGGUCUCACUAUCACGGGCGUUGCAUUGGCUUGGCACUCCACCCUGAUGUAAGAGCCGGCUGGCAGUGUACUGGCUGCCGCGUGUGCCAAGUCUGCCGGCAACCCGAGACGGAAAUGUCCAAGGUCAUGGGAUGCGAGCACUGCAAUAAAGCCUAUCAUCCAAGCUGCCUACGUCCCAUUGUCACUUCGGUACCACGUUGGGGAUGGAAGUGCAAGUGCUGUCGCGUGUGUUCCGACUGCGGCUCGCGUACACCUGGUGCCGGUUUGUCAUCGCGUUGGCACAAUAACUACACAGUGUGCGACUCGUGUUAUCAGCAGCGCAACAAAGGUUACUCAUGUCCCAUUUGCAGAAAAGCGUAUCGUGCUGCUGGUUAUCGUGAGAUGGUACAGUGUACUGUCUGCAAAAGAUUUGUCCACGGUACCUGUGACGCCGAAGCCGACCCAGGAGUUCAUCAGCAACGCAAAGACAGUAAACCAGAUUAUGAAUACGUUUGUUUUCACUGCAAGAACAUGACGAUGGUCAAACGUAAAGAUUACUUCGAUGAUUACGCCGGGGAUUCGAGUAUGACUGCGUCACAAGAAAGUUUGUAUAACGACGGCGACUCUUCGGAGUUCGAUUACCAGGGUGACGAAGCGCUUUUUUCUAUCGGGCUUGGCAAGGGCAAGCCAUUUUGCGCAUCAAAGGUCGCCAAGAAACGUCUAGGCUUGCAGGGUGUAAUUGGCCGGCCCAAGGGUGUUGGGAAAUUCGGUUAUCAAAAACGACAGAAGAUGAAUGAGUUCGGUCGCAAACGCGGUCCUAAAGCUAAAAUGCGGGGUAUCUUUGGCGCGCCGGGUGUCGGUCUCCAACGUCCGAUAUCAGACUCGUAUUCAAAGGAAGAGGAACCGGGUGUGGAAAAUAGACUUGUUUUGUGUUCAGCUAAAGAUAAAUUUGUUUUAACUCAAGACAUUUGUGUUAUGUGCGGUGCAAUUGGUACUGAUACCGAGGGUUGUUUGAUUGCCUGUGCACAGUGCGGGCAGUGUUAUCAUCCCUACUGUGUUAAUGUUAAAGUAACAAAGGUAAUAUUGCAACGUGGAUGGCGUUGUUUAGACUGUACUGUCUGUGAAAAAUGUGGAUUACGAGAUCGUGAAGAUAAAUUGAUAUUAUGCGAUGACUGUGACAUCAGUUAUCACACUGAUUGUCUCGAUCCCCCGAUGGAAAAUGUGCCUUACGGUACGUGGAAGUGCAAAUCUUGUGCCGUCUGUCAAAUAUGCGGCUCCGGUGACCCAGGUUUCAACAGCAAUUGGCAAAAAAACUUCACUCAAUGCGGACCAUGUGCUUCGCACACAUCCUGCGCCUCGUGUCAAGAAACUUACACCGAGGGUGAUUUAAUUAUUCAGUGCGGAGUCUGCUCCAGGUGGCUUCACUGCUCCUGCGACCACAUAAUGACUGAAGCUGACGCUGAAAAAUGCGCCCAGGCUGGCUAUCACUGUAUUAUAUGUCGGCCACGUGAUGAACCACCGCCUCACCAAUUGUGCAAUCAGCCGAAAGUGCAACCGAACAAAUACCAUCAAAGAUCAUCACCACCAAUAGUCCGUAGUCCAGAGCACUACAAAUCAUCGCCGAUGUGUCAUUUGAUAGACGGCGUUUAUUUAUCUGAAACUGGCCUGCAUCACAUCAAGUCGCUUACUAUGGAGCAGCAGCAGACGCGUAAAAAACGACGGAAAGUUCUGCCAGUCCUGGACAAAGAUGCCGACAUUAUGGCGACUAUCGAGUCCGUUGUCGCUGGCGGUAGUCUUGAUAAUUCACUUGAGGACAACAGAGACACUAAAAUAGAGCUUUUGGACAUCAAAGACGAACCAGGUGAAGUAUUAAAAGACGGCAUGACUUGGACACUGCGUGACCAACCACCGCCAGAGGGUUACACCAUAUACACUACUGAAAGUGGUGUGUCCAUUUUAAAACGCAAACGUCAGCGUAAUUUACAAAAACUUGGUAUCGGUGGUUUUGUAACUCGCAUUCGCGGUACGCGUAAAGAUAAAGACGGAGAAGACGCCGAUGAUAAACAAAUAACUGGGGAUGGUAAAUUGACAUCCUCAUUUAAUGGUAAUAGUGUUGGUAUUGGUGUUGGUGUUGGUGUUGGUGGCAGUAGUAGUAGUGUGAGUGUCAGUGGUGUUGAUGGUAAACCACGCAAAAAAACAUUUCGUAAAAAACCAAAGACUAAAUUGUCAGAAUCGUUUCCUCCUUAUUUACAGGAGGCAUUUUUUGGCAAAAAUCUUAUGGAUCUCACCAAAGACAAAGACUUGAAAAGCAGCAGUGAUUCGGACAGUGAAAAAAAUACAUCCGGUAAUGCUGAUACUAUUCAAUUGUCUCAAGAUGAGAUCAAGGCUAUUGAACAAGUUAAUAAUGUUAAUAAACAUGAUAAUAGUAAUGAUAAGAAUGAUAUUAAUAAUGAGGAACAAAAGUUACCGGUAAAUAAUAAUAAUACUUCUGCAACAGCAGCAGCAAUAACAACAACAGCAACACAGAAUAUUAUAAAACGUGAGGAUGAUGGUGGCAGUCGUGGUAUUGAUGAUGACAAUGCCAGUGAUACUGAUGCGUUGGGUGAUAUACUGCCCAUGUCAUCAGAUUUUGUUGAUAAUGAAUUAGUUAAUACGAUAAUGAAUGAACCGGAUGAGGAACUUGUCAAGGCAAGUGUUGCAUUAAAUGAACUUGAAGAUGCACCAGGUCCUAGUGAAUUUAAUGACAUACUUGGUAGUCCACAUUUUAAUUUAGUCGAGUCAAUGGUACCAGGUGAUACCAACUUACCCAACAUGGCUAGCAAAGAUGUCGAGGAUAUGCUGAAAAGUGUUUUGACUGACGAAUCCCAAGAGUCACAAGAAUCUUCAGUAUUUCCGCUGCAAAAUCAAACAGCUCAUACGCCUUCCACGCCAACACCUCUGGUGUCACCCUCGCCACAUCCUGGCAUGCAAACUGGGUUACCACUUGCAAGACCUCAAGUACCACCUGUGUCACUUCCAACUGUUGGACAGACGACCUUAAAUUCACCGCUGAGUUUCCCUCCACCGUCACCUUAUCAUUCUGAGUACAGCAACAGUCCUCAAUUCAGUCCAGCAUUUUCUGAACCACCGAGUCCGUGGGUAAAUCCCGAGGAAGAAGGCCCCAGUUGCUCGACAAAUGCGGCUAUUCCUCACAAUCAGCGCAAUAGUCAAAAACUUGAAAGAGACGAAUUAUUGGGUACUGGUUCAACAAGUUCUGCUAUUCUUUACGCUAACAUCAAUCAUCCAGAGUGGAAAGUUGAAUAUCCAGUUUGGUCAGAAAGAUUGAAACAAAUACUAAAAAAAUGGCGCUCGUUGCCAAACGAAACUAGACAGCCGUAUUUGACGCAAGCUCGUGAUAACAGAGCGACUAUUCGUAUGAGAAAAACGCAACAGAUACCAAGCACGACCCCAGUCACUGCAACAAGCGCACCUAGCAACACCAACACCACCAAACCCGUCACCACGACGAUGACAUCAGUCCAAGUAUCUCCAGUAGUAGGAAUCUGCGGUGCCGGUCAAAAGCAAAUCGGUCUUUUGACAUCAGUGAUAAAUAAUGACAAGUCACAGCAAGACAAGUCAUCAUCGGUGUCUGUUGGAGGAGUACUAGCCGCUGGAUCAACAUCAUCACCAUCAAUAUUAUCAACAAGUGUGACGGGUACUGCUGGAAUCAUCGUGGCAACAUCAUCAACAGCAUCAGCAGUAUCAGGAUCAAAUUCAUCAGUUACUGCUGGUGUGGUCGUUGGUCAUCUAGCGGAGGUGUGUGCGGUACAGGGACAGGGACCAACGCCACCGAGACAGCUAACAUCUACCUCACCCAGUCCAUCCCCAACCUCAACCAGUUCAUCCUCAUCACCACGGCCCAGCUCUGUCAAUUCAUUAAAUAAUUAUAUUAGCAAUUUAACGCACCAAGAGUCCAAUAAUUGUUCAACUAAAUCUUUCACACAGUCGCCUGCCACCACGGCUAUUAUUUGCACAACACCAACUGUUUCUUUCUGCAACACGAUCAUCGGUGAUGGACAGCAGCUGUCUUCAGUGGCUUUACAGCAACAGCAGCAGCAGCAACGUUCUUCUGCAUCAUCAACUCACACUACGACUAUUAAUAAUACUAGCAUUAAUAAUAGUAAUACUAGUAAUAAUAAUAGUAGUAGUAGUAGUAGUAAUAUUACUACUAUUGUUAAUAGUCAAAGUGUUGUUGUUCCUCAGUCCCCGAGUGGAACUGCUGGUGCAAUCGUGGUGGCUGGCACUGUACGACAAUUAUCCUCGGUAGAUCAUCAGAUUAGAGUGCUCACCCCGUCUGAAAUAAUGCGCACCCUCCCUUCCCUCAGCCAGGAGCACUACGAUCCGCCACCCACUGCAAUUAUUCACACUGUACCUGUACAGACCCCGGUCAUGGAGCAAGAUCGACUUGCUAAUAGAGAUCGAACAACCAAAGAGGCUGAACAAGAACGCGCCUGGAAACAGUUGCAACAAUACAGACAACAGCAGCAUCAACUUCAGCAGCAAGUUAUCCAUGACCAGCGUAUAAAUGCAAUGGCACGAGUACAGCGACAAAUAAGUGAUGAUGGAGUUCAAUUGAAUACAGACAAUAACACAGGACUUACAACUCAGCUACAAGUAACCACAACGCAGGAUGGAAAUCAUCUUGGACCGAUGGCAUCACCAUCACCUGGGUCUCGUGGAACAUUUGCCACCCCACCGAUGAAAGUUAUUCGUGGCAAUGCCCCUCAGAGUCCGCAUCAAGCGAUGCCACGGUUACAAAAUCAACAGUGCGCGCCACCAGCACGUCCAGUUUCAGUGGCAGUGCGUCCAGGAAUGACAGCAAAUUUCCCCCAACCACCGUCGCCAUUUUCACCUCAGGCACCUCAGUCACCUCACGAUUUCCCUCAGUCACCAGCCUCGACUCAUAUCACAGCAGUCGCAGUAGCCACCAGUGGGGGGCCCGAGCACUUCCAGCGUUUUGACAAUUCAUCAGAAGGAUUUGCCCCAGGAAAUCAGACACCACGUCCACUAAUGCCAGGUACUCCCACGUACGCGACAUCACCUCGAAACGACGUAUUUUCACAGCCACCUGGCACAAAUCGCGCCCUCUUUAAUCCUCCCACUCCCCGUUCUUCCACCCACGUCUAUGCUCCAUCACGUACUCCCGAUCCUUAUAGCAAUCAACCUCCUACACCUUCUCCGGCGCCGAGUUACACCUCGCCACGACCAGAGUCACGUCAACAAGAGGUAGUGCCGACAUCUGAAGUCUUCAACCAGCAGUCAGAGGUCAAUCAGCAGCUGAGAGAUUUACUUCAGCGGUCGCAGUUUCGUAAAAAAAUUGACGGUAUCCCCGGCAAUGCCUGGACCCAGGAUCCGAAUUCAGCUCCAGUUGACUCACAGCAGCAGCAACAACAGCAGCAGCAGCAACAAUUUGAAUCUUCUCACGUACAAAUUCCUCAGCAUUCACAGCCAGCUGCCAAUACUGUCGAGGGCACCUUCAGACAUCCUUUGCCUCCGGGUAUCAGGCCUCGAAUGCCCAUUCAAUUGAAUGUAUUCAUAAGAAAUUCACCUGAUGCUAGACUACAGAGCAUAGAUCCGCGCACGCGAAUGCUUCUGCAGCGACCCCAAGUGCCUGGUGGAAUUCCUCAGCAACACUUUCAACAGCAGCAACAACAGCAGCAGCAACAGCAGCAAGUGCUUCAGCAGCGGAUGGCAGUGCCGAGAAAUCCACUGGUAGAUCAGUAUGAUAUUCUUCAGCAGUCUCAGCCUCCACAGCAGCAGCAAUCACCGCAACAGCAGCAGCAGCAACAACAGCAGCAGCAACAGCAACAAGGGCCACCAAGAUUUCCUGAUCCUAAUCAUGUACAUAACCAGCAAAUGGUACAGCGUGUGGUUCGAGCUGGACAGGAUAUUAAUGCGAGUGUCAGAAUGAUGAACGCUCAGACGAUGUCGCGACCGGGUUUGAUGCAAACGACAGUCAAUGACAACACUGGGACGUCGUCUGAGGCUUCGGAAAUUCCCGAUAAUGUCACUGCAGAGCUUGAAAAACUCGAGCAAGAAGGAGCUCCCAUGGGAGAGGUCGAGGGCGUAGGUGCAAUACUAGGAGAUUUAGCUGACGAUGAUGAUGAACUUCUUGCUGAAAUGGGAGCAGAUUUUAAUAUCCUCGAGUAUGCAGAUCCUGAACUGGACAACAUAACUGGUGGAGAGAAGACAAAUAUUCUUGACAUGGAUUUAGAACAAGUGGAAGUAGAGACUAAAGAAGAGAAACUAAAGAAAGAAUCAAAAGAAGAAGAACAAAAAUCUGAAGUUUUGACAGCUGCUACAACAGCACAUCAGAACAUUACCAAUGACCCACCUAAUCAGGCAGGAGUAUCAGCAGCCGUUGAGUCAACAGUUCCAAGUGUUCCUCAGAUUCCUCCGGCAGCGGCGAUGCAACCGAUUCCCGCGGCUCAGUCGCAGAUUCCGAUUGUCCAGCAGCAGCAACAACCUGGAACGAUUAUGACACAAAAUCAUCCCCAAGCGAUGGUUGUUCAGCAGCAAAUGCACCAACAUGUCCAACAAGCCGCUGCUAUGGGCCGUCCUAUGCCUCCAGGAACUCGUUUGCUCUCUUCAGAAGGCGUUAUCGGAGUCGUUACGUCGACCAAUACCGUCACUGUUAGCUAUCCUUCAACGUUUCCUGGACAUCCUCAACGGAUUCCUCAAUCCCACAUGCAGCUCCAACAACAACAGCAACAGCAGCAGCAACAACAACAACAGCAACAACAACAACAACAACAGCAGCAGCAGCAGCAACAACAGCAACAACAACAGCAGCAGCAACAGCAGAGAUUAGGGAUGAGAGUUACAGGAGUUCAAGGAGUACCGGGACGAGUGGUGUCAGUUGGACACAUGAUUGGACCUCGUAUGCCUUUAGCACCACCACCACCACCUCCGCCACCGUAUCCUGGCCCACCGCCACCUUAUCCAGGACCUGUACAGAUGGGGCUGUGCCCAGGUGGACGGGGUGUUAUGCCGCCGCGAGCCCCAGUUCAUAUUGGGCACCAAGUGCCUGGUGUUGUUCCGGGUUCACCGAUGGCCCCAAUUGUUCACACGGGUGCAACUCCUCCUUCAAUAACGCCGCAUCCACAUCGGAGACCCUUGCUUCUCCAGUCGUGUUCGCAGGAGCAACCGUUGCUGCUGGAGGAUCUGUUGGAGCAGGAGAAGCGUGAGCAGGAGAAGCAACAGCAACAGCAACAACAGCAGCAGCAGCAAGUAGAACCAACUCCGACUGGUGCAUUACUGAGUGACAGUGAGUUUGAGAGACUGAGAGCUGAUGUACUGGGAUCUUCUACACUGGGUUCACCGCCUCAAGGAAUUGUCAGUGGUCCAGCGACCAGUGGUCCUGUUAUCAGACCGCCAGGUAAGCCGAGACCACCCUCAGCGCCUGGUACUCCCUGGCCACAGGCUACUGAUCCUGGAAAAAUAGUACAGCCUAGACAGCCGAUCGCUACUCAGACACCUCCUGAAGCUCGAGUUGCGACAUUCAACAUUCCUCAAGUGCCGGCACCGCCGCUUCCACCAGAAGUUAUCGUAACUGACCAAGAUCGUCAACUACUUGCCCAAUACGAACACUGGCUCCAACAACAUCAGCAAAUGCUUCUGCAGCAACAAAAAUAUUACGAGACUGAGGUACAAAAAUUACGCAAAGUCCGUAAAUCAUUGAACAGCAAACAGCGACAAUUACGUAAAUCCGGUAAUGAAUUGACGGAGAAUGAUGCAGCUGAGCUCCAGCGAAUAUCAAGUGAACAAGCGGUGCUACAGAAACAACUUGACGCCAGUAGGAAACAAACCCGUCAGCAUGGGAUGCUGAUACAAGAGUACAAUAACAAACAACAGCAAAGGCAGACACAACCUCAGACAAGUGAACCCUGUUCGCCCCUGAUGUCUCCAUCCCAGCAUUCAUCACCAAUGCACAGUCCCGCUGGACUAGUGUCGCACAGUCCCGGUCCUGGUAGUGUUCCAAGUAUGAUCCAGCAUUCGCCGGCUACAAUUAUCCAGCACAGUCCGAAUCCGCCCAUGCUGCAGCACAGUCCGGGUACUCAGCAACAAAAUCCUGGUACUAUUUCGCCUCACAAUAUGCAGCCGUCUCCACGAAUUGGAACUCCACACUCACAAAGUGAAGAGAGUCCUUUUAGUCCAGGUGCGAUGCCCUCUCCAGGAUUAUGCGGACCUACUCCACGCAUGACAUCUCCUCAGCAUCGUGCUGUGAUAAGUGGAAGACUCACUACCAGUCCCGGUGCGUUCCCACAAGAAGUACGAACAAACCAACAAAUAAUCAGCGAACAAGGAAUAAGACUGCAGAAUACACACCAGAGAUUCGUAAGACCGUCAGCAGUUGGUGACAUAAACCAGCGACCGCGUAUGCAAAUGCAGGGAGGAAUUAUUUACAAUCAACGCUCUCCUCUGGGUAGUCCUCAGCCAGCUCAGCAGCCCAUGCUGACUCAGCAUCAGCAUCAGCAAAUGCUUCAGCGACAGCAGAUGAUUCAGCAGCAGCAUGAAGUCAGUGGUAUAAAUCAAGAAACUCAAAAUGCUAUCAACCAGCGUAAUUUACAAAUUGCGCGCCAACAAAUUUUGCAACAACAGCAAUUAGCUCAGCAGCAACAGCGGCAACAAUUUUUGCAGAUGCAACAACAGCAGCAGCAAACACAACAGCAACAAAUCCAGCAGCAACAAAUUCAGCAGCAACAAAUUCAACAGCAACAAAUUCAACAGCAACAAAUUCAGCAGCAACAACAAAUACAACAGCAACAAAUUCAACAACAACAAAUCCAACAACAACAACAACAACACGUAAUGCAAAAACCUCCAAGUUCACCGAUGGUUUCUCAGCCAGCAAAUUCUCCUAGUCCGCAACUUCACCAACAAAUUCAACAAAAUUACGGGCAGCCUCCGAGCUCGCCUAUGCCUCGUAGCCCGAUGUUACCGCAAACAAUGGGCUCACCGAUGCUCCAACAGCAACUGAGUCAAAAUUCUCAACCGCCUAGUCCAAUGGGCACUCGCAUUCAUCCACAACCGCCUUCACCAAUGGUCUCACAGUACCAGCCGCCGAGUCCCAUGGCUCGGAGCCAUCCCUCGACCUCACCGAUGCUUCAGCACCAGCUCAACAAUCAACAUCACCCACCUCCGCCGCAAACUCCAAGUUCGCCCAUGCCACGGAGUCCCAUGGGGCCGUCUCCGAUGCAAAUGCAACGGCGGCAGUCGAAUGGCAACAGUCCGGCUAUGCCUGAUCGUCCGCAAAGUGUAGAAAAUCCUGGUACUCCUCGUACUCCACACACUUAUACUUAUAGUUCUGUACAAAAUUCUGGUCAUGUUAACGAUCAACAGCAGCAGCAGCAACAACAGAUGCAACAAAUGAAUCAAGAGCAGGCAAAUCAAUCAGAUCUAAAUCAAAACCGCGGUGGUGGAAAUCCUCAUCAUCCACUCAAUCCUAUCCCUAUAAAAUCACUCUUUGGACGCUACGGAUACUUCAAACCAGGUCUGAGAGGAGGAUCUCCCAUGUGGUCAACAAAACCCGAGUGCAGUAAAGGAAAAACAGCAGAGCCGCGUAUUACAACAACGACUUCCGCUUCAAUAAAUGAAGACAAACCCAACACAUCUAGUGUCGUUCAUCGUAAAACCGGAAUAUCACAGUCUAAAAUAAACAGUCUCGUGUGCGCUGACUACAAUGACUUCGACGAUGACUCUCACACUCCACCACAAACCCCACCAACGACUGAGUCCAAAACCAGCACGACUUCAAGUCUUGCUGUUGAAAAACCGGCGACUCUUGCUAUCGGCAGUCCCGACAAAUUGGAGUCAAUGCCCGACACGACGGAUUACGAUGACGACAAGACAAUUGUCAAUGAAGAAGUUACGUUGAGUUCAACUGCGCAGCGUGACAGCGACGAUACUGUCAUUGAAGAGCUAGUUGACGUUGCACUUGGUCCAGUUGAUCCCGACGAAAUGCAAGAGUCAUUUUUUCUAUUCGAACCCGUCGAUCUCUCAAAUGACAGCAAUGACAUUUUAAGUCACGCUUUGGUAAACAACACAAAUCAAAACCACGAGCUCGGUCAAAUUUUACAAAUGGAUCCACCUCAAGUCGACGAUUCGAUUCUCAGCGAUGACGAACUUGUGCCUACACAGAAUAGAAACAAAAAAAGUCUGCGGCUUGACAUCGUGCGCACUCUGCAAAGUGGAAAGAGACUCGUCACCGUAACUGACACUCCCGAGUCUCCAGAUCAGGAAGAAAUGAACGAAGAUCCCUCACCCGAGGCUUCACUUUUCAUGGACCACACAUCUGACCACGACCUCAUGGCUCUCGGUGACAUGGUCAGUGCAUCCGAAGUCGUGAUCAUCGACCCCAGCACUAAAUCCCCCGAGGACAAUUUAUCCAAAGAGUCCUGCGUCGAAGACGAAGCCGAAAAAAUCGACACCUCCUUCGAGACUUCGCUCAAAUCAGCAGAAUCCGCCAAACCCACAGACGUAAAUUCCGCUGACGUAAAUUUGUCAGAUAAAAAAAACAGUCCAUUCAAUUUAACUGAUAAAUCCUCGCCCUGUUCGAUGCCCGUCGAUCAAGUCGACGCUGCCGAGCGAACAGCCCCCGGGAAUUCAACUCCAGACUCCGCGGCAGAUUCUAAAAUAACCAGUGAAUUAAAUACAGUUACGCUUUCAGAGUCUAUAUCUAUACCUAAGCCAGCAGCAACACCAAUGACAGCUGAUCCAACGACAGUUGUCUGUACAAAAGAUAUUUCGUCGAGCGAUAAUCAAAACCAGUCAUUGCCUUCCGUGACAACAAACGUAUCAGACGUUAAAAUCACGGGUGAAUCAACCAGCGAAUCAGUAGAAAUUUCCAGUACAACCAUAAGUACUAAUAGUAGUAACAGUAACAGUAUAAAUAUCAGUAGCAGCAUCACCAGCAGUAGUAAUAAUAAUUUAAUAAAACAGAAAAUAAAUUCCAUUGAUAAUAUUGAGCCUGACUCAGUAGCGUCGAAAAUUUUAGCCCAACUUACUGACAAUAAAGACAGAUCUGAAAUAUGUUUUAGCGUCGCCAAUGAAAAUGUAUCACUUUUUCCUGUCACUAUUGAAAAUGACGUCAUCAGUUCGACCAAGUUGGCUAUUGCUGUGCAGCCUACGUCAGUGACGUUGUUAAAACCAAAGUUAUCGACGGAAAUAAAUAAAAACAAUGCUAUUGUUACAAGUGAUGCGAUAAGUGAAGAAAAAAAACUGAUGAUUGUCAAUGAAAAAGAAGAGAGUAAUAUUCUGGGUGAUAAUUUAAAUCCUGUUGCUAAUUGUAUUGCUGGUAAUGAAUCGUCUUCGUCGUCAUCAUCUCUUUCUUCUGUUGAAAUGUCGUCAGUUACGGAAGAAAAAAAAUCUGACCCACUGAAUACCACAGAUGAGUUGGAGAGUAUGCUGGAGGCGAUUCAUAAUCCUGCUGAAAAUCCAAGUGACCGUGAUAAUAAAAAAAUUGAUUGUGAUAAUAAACCAGAUAUUUCAUCGUUCAAACGGAUGUCGCCAGUUGCUGAUGAAAUGUCGCUGGUUAAUAUUUUAGAAAAUGAUUCUGAACCGAUUAUAGACCGCAAAGAAGAAGUUGAUGCUGAUAAAAUUGCAGUGAAUGCAACUGAUGAUCAGUCUAAAGAAUCAAAUCUUUCAGACAAAAUAAAUCCUAUUGAAAUGUCGAGCAAAUUUUCUGACACUAAUGAAGUUGAAGAAUCCUCGGACGUUAUUCUAGACAUGCUGCAGAAUAUAAUAUCAUCAAAACCGGAAAUGGCCAAUACAAAUAUCCUAGAUGAUCAACGGAAGUCAACCAGCAUGAUUUAUCAUCAGAUGCCAAUGCCCUUGGACACUUUGCCUUUCAAUAUUUUGCAAGACUCGCUGAUGGAUCUGGACCAGCCGAUCCAAGAAGACCAGCAAGAGCCUGAGGAAAAACCGAAACAAAAAUCAGCCUUGGAAAUUCCUGUAACCAAAACAACUUUAACUCCAAGUUUAAUUCCAACUUCAACUCCAACUCCAGCUCCAGCUGCAACUUCAGCUCCGACUUCAGGUCCAACUUUGACCCCAAGUUCAACUCAAACUCCAGCAGUCCAACCGACAGUUGCCGUAAGUAACGUGACCCAGCUACAAAAAACAACGGCAGUACCUCACUUGUCUCCACUAUCAAAACCCACUGAAUUGACAUCCAAUAUGGUGGCAGCGUCCCAACAACUCCGCACACUUUUAUCAUCAAUUCAGACAAAUCACGCGUCUCAAAAUUACACGACAACUCAAACCGCGAUCGUCACCGUGGUCUCAUCAGCGAUGACCGGCAGUAAAAUCGGCUCAGUUGUGACAUCACCGGCAUCAAUGAUUCCCAAUUCUCUGGGUAACCCACAGAGUCUCAGCUUCAGACUUCAAACAGUUCCCAGUCCAGCAACCUCAGGAACCGCGAGUGUCAAAUCAUCAGCAGACACCACGACAUUCGCGCUUCAGUUGAAAGACAAUUUGUCUGGAAAAACAACUUCCUCAGAAUUCACGCGGAUGCUAACAAAUACCAUCCAAUCACAAUCGAUUGUUAAUUUGCCGCUGGCAACUACGGUCGCGCGGUCAACAAACUCGGGUAUCUCGAUAACGUCAAAUGCGAUGCUCAAUGCCAUGCUCUCGGGAACAACCAGCGUCAAGCCUUCAAUAGCAGGCCAUCGUGCCAACACUAUCUUGACUCAAACGAGUAAUCUUCUGAGUUCAGUUCUACCAACUCCGUCAGUUCAACGCAACCAGAAUCUCCAAGCGUCAUCUCCAUCAGCAUCACGUGUCGUUGUCAAUACGUCUGCUGUUUCAACAUCUGGGAUGUCAAUUAAAACCGCAGUACCUCCACUGGUGAGCAGCCCAGCGACGAUAAAUGUAACGACGUCAAUUCUCCAGUCGACUUUAUCCCAAACUCCAACUCUGUUGCAUUCUCAGCUGACAUCUGGAUCAAAUCAAUACAAAUCAACUGGAGUGUUGCCUAUCGACAAGACCAACGAAGCUGAAAAUAUUCCAACGUCAUCAGCCAAAGACGAUGAUAAGAAAUCAGUACCGACACGCAGCGAGCCAGAGAUUCCUAAACCAAAUCAUCGCAUUGAAGAUUCAAAUGUUCUAUUGAAACAAUUAUUACAAAACACCGGAUGCGCGACGACAAGUUUAGCACCAAAUUCAUCGUCAGCAACGAGCUUGCCAGCAGUGCCGUCAUUAGAAGCUCAGUUGGCUCGACCUGUGCCUCCGACACCGUCCGCAUUAUUGCCGCCGCUGUUGAAUAAAACACCGACGACAAAACCCUCUGUCACUAAACAACUACUGGCACGUGAAACGUCAUUUGUAUCACAGCAGGCAACUCCGCAUAAGACUCAGAGCCCGCCGAUAAAAGAAGAACCUCCGAGAGUUACGACCCCUACUGCUACUGUUCCACUUACUGUUCAAUCGUCAUCCCGGACAAUCGUUGACUCGGCAGUUAAACAGAUUCAAAUUAAUCAGUCUGCAAAAUUACCAACUACUUUACUAACUACUGCCACUUCAACAUCAUCAUCUCCAUCAUCAUCAUCAUCAUUAGCUGGAGCAGUUACAGCAUCAGCUAAGCCACUGACUCAAGUUAAAUUAGAAACGGUAAUAAAUCAGGAAAUAGCAACAAAUCAGUCGUCGCCGUCACUAAAAACCUCGCCUACAAGUGACUCAUCAUCGUCUUCAUCACAAUCGUCGUCGUCCUCCUCGCCGUUGAUCAACAAUCAAAGUCAAUCGCAGCAAAUUCGCGUAACUCAAGUCCCAACUUCAUUUACACGAUUGGUAUCACCGUUGAAUAAACCUGCGAUGACAUUAGCGGCAACUUCGAAGACUAUUCAAGCUGCUACACCACAAGUGCCCAGUAACGUCCAACAAUCAUCUCAGCCUUCAACGCCUGUUGCAACUACACCACCGCAAACUCCAUUGUCCACGACACCAACACUAAUUUCUGCCCAAAAACCGGUGCCUGUUACUGUUCAACAGCAAACACAGCAGCAGCAGCAGCAUAUUCAUCAACAGUUACAACAGCAACAGCAACAGCAAAAGCAAACGCAUCAACAAAUACAACCGUCAGUGCCUCACACGAUGACCCAUAACCUGAGUCAUCAAGUUCACCUACCACAGGGUGCAAUUACGCAACACACAGUGCCUUUAGUGGAAGUUAAAAAAGAAAUUCUCGAUGAAGUAUUGUCUGGCAGUAAUUCUACGACUCAAUUAUCUGAUACCAAAGACUUUCUUACUGCCAAAGAGGAGCUCAUGGAUGGUUCCAUUGACGAUAAGACCGAUCUUAAAAAAUUAAAAAGACGUCAGUAUCAGCAAAAACGUCGCCAGAGUCAGGGUAAAGAUGCAUCGACACCUCCGCAAAAGAAACGAUCACGCAAAGUAUCACGACUUGACGAAGACUACGACACAUUUAUUGAAAAUCUUAUGAUUCAAUUGCGUCAAUUGCAAGCGAUACCAGUUUUAGAGCCUUAUCUAGGCCGCAAUUAUGGUGUCUGUCCAAUAUACGGUUCCGGAGACUUAUCAAAAAUUUGCACUCAAAAAGAUUACAAUCCACGCACCGGAGAUUUGCUGGGUGCCUACGGCGCCGCGCGACUUCCCGGUGUAUCAGAUCAUUACAACACCCAACCAUUUGGCGAACUAGAACCUCUACCACCUCCUCAACCAGUGUCGACUCAACGUCUGUUUUAUGAUCAAGAAUUUCCCCCAUUGAAAUUAGACGACGCAAGUGAUAAAAAGGACAGUUUAUCAAUGACCCGUGACGUGGAUACUCCCGACACUAUCGUCAGUUCAUCGUCGCCCGAGUGCGUGAUACCCGAAAUGGUCCAUCAUUUUCCCGGUCUGCGGUUAAUUGAAGAUGACUCUGAUGAAGAAUCUGAUUGGCUGAAACGCGUGUCUCCAGUUAUUCCAAUUAUAUCACCGAUUCCCAUAAGAUUAAAACCUCCAGCGACAACAGCAGCUGCUGCAGUUACACCAGUUCCCGCACCACCAACAGUCGCGACUGCUGUUAUAAAAGAUACUGCCAAGCAGGACAAAGAAAAUGUUGGUACUGCAACGCGAGUUGGCAAAUCACCACCUGCAUUACGUGAAAAUGGAAACGUUACGGUAACACUGACGUUGAAUAGUCAAGCAGCUGAUGACAUUAUGGGAGUUCUUAAAGAUUUAGCAAAUAUAUUAAACAUAUCACCACCAAAUGGUUAUCAAGUUGUUGAGCGGACUACAACACCGCCAAGUCAAAAAUUAGGUUUAUAUCGUACAAAGGGUAAAGAUGGCAAAGAAGGAGCUCCUAUUGAUAUUCAGAGUAUACUUAAUGGUGCAGCUAAAUUUUGCCGUCAUUGUGAUGUUGUUAUAUUAAAUAGUUUAAUUCGUAAAAAAGUAUCCGAACUACCGUUUGUGAGUAAGGAUGAAGCUGAACCUGGUGAUGAAUUAUGUUUUUGUUCUGUUAGUUGUUAUACCCAGUUUGCUGUUACGCAUCGAACACCGAUAAAUACUCAAGGAAAAGCUGCUACGAUAGUUGAUCACUUGUGUCAGAAAACCGACAAAUUACUUGACAGCGCGUUGAAGAAAAAACUCCACGAGAAAAAGAUUUUAGAGAAACAAGUUCUAACUCUAGCGGAAAUGAACAUCGAGUCUAUGGACAUCUGCAACGACAUAAAAGUUAAAACAGAGAAAGACGAUCUAGAUCUCCACCGUGACAUCAAGCAAGAGCACAUAUCUGACAAAAGACCAAAGAAACAUCCGGCGUCAGAUGAUCUAUCGAACGAACUAUCAGAGCUAGAGCCUCCCCAAAAAUUAUUACGCGGCAAUAAAUACAAAAUCUGGAGUAUGGGAGUUAUCCAGCCAACUAAAAAGUACAAAAAACCUUCAGACAAAGACAUAACCGAUCUACUAUUCCGCAUGGCCGUGACUGUUAAUCCCGCAAAGAACGAAGACAGCCGCCGCUGUAUGUUCUGUCAAAAUCAAGGUGACGGUGCAGCGGACGGACCUGCACGUCUGCUCAACUUUGACGUCGACAAAUGGGUUCAUUUAAAUUGCGCGCUCUGGUCCGAGGACGUCUACGAGACUGUAAAUGGCGCACUGAUGAAUUUAGACACCGCAUUGCAGCACAGUCUCGCGUUAAAUUGCAUCGUAUGUGAAAAACCCGGCGCUACUGUAAAGUGUUUCAAGAUGCGCUGCACCAACGUCUACCAUCUAGGCUGUGCCGAAAAAGCUGGCUGUGUUUUCUACAAAAACAAAAGCACUUACUGUUCCCAGCAUGUCCAGAAAAAUGAGAAAGACAAUGAAUUAACAACUCUGUCAGUUUACCGCCGGGUUUAUGUAAAUCGGGACGAAAAUCGUCAGGUAGCUGCGGUAAUGCAUCACACAGAACGCAAUCAUUUGUUGCGCGUUGGCAGUUUAAUAUUUUUGAAUGUCGGACAAUUGCUACCACAUCAAUUAGCAAAUUUUCACACCCCUCAUUAUAUUUAUCCGGUUGGCUACAAGAUUGUGAGAUUCUAUUGGAGUAUGAGGCGACCCAACAAACGUUGCCGGUAUGUCUGUUCAAUUCACGACAAAGAAGGAUCACCAGAGUUUCGUAUCCUUGUACAGGAACCAUCGCACGAAGAUUCCGAGUAUGCUGGUAAAACACCACGUGCUGCUUGGGAGCACAUAUUGGAGCCGCUGUCAAAAUUGAGAGAGUCAACAAAUAGUAUUAAAUUAUUUCCUCUUUAUGUGUCGGGUGAAGAUCUUUUUGGUUUGACAGAACCGGCGAUAGUACGCGUGCUUGAAAAUUUACCGGGUGUUGAUACAUUGACUGAUUAUAAUUUUAAGUAUGGGAGAAAUCCGUUGUUAGAAUUGCCGUUGGCGGUUAAUCCAAGUGGUAGUGCUAGAACAGAAGCAAGACUGAGAAAUCAAUUGCCGUGGAAGAGACCGCAUACGCAGAGAACUGGAUCAUCUGCUAGAGCAACUUAUUCACCAACGAAUACCGUUGCCGGGGAAACUACGUGUCCUUAUUCAAAACAAUUCGUACACUCUAAAAGCUCACAGUAUAAAAAAAUGAAACAAGAUUGGAGGAAUAACGUUUACUUGGCGAGGUCGAAAAUUCAAGGGUUGGGUCUGUAUGCUGCGAGAGAUUUGGAAAAACAUCAGAUGGUUAUUGAGUAUAUCGGGGAAAUUAUAAGAACUGAAUUGGCUGAGACGAGGGAAAAACAGUAUGAAGAUAGAAACCGAGGGAUUUACAUGUUUCGUCUGGACGAAGAACGAGUUGUUGAUGCGACGCUGUGUGGUGGAUUAGCACGUUACAUAAAUCAUUCUUGUAAUCCGAAUUGUAUUGCUGAAAUAGUUGAAGUUGAACGUGACCUUAGAAUUAUUAUUUUUGCUAAAAGAAGAAUCUCACGUGGUGAAGAGUUGGCAUAUGAUUAUAAAUUUGAUAUUGAAGACGAUCAACACAAAAUAGCAUGCGCGUGUGGGGCGCCGAACUGCCGCAAGUGGAUGAACUAAAUAAACAAUAAACUAAAAAAAAAAUAAAAUAAUAAAAAAAGUGUUUCGAUAUCCACGUUGUUAAUGUUGCAAAGUUAUUGGGUAAAUUUUUUAAAUUUAAAUAUUACUAAAUAAAUUUAAAAUAAAAAUAAGUAAUAAUUAAAAAUUUUAAAGAGUAAAGAUAUUAAAAAAAAAAAUAAAAGAAUAUAUAUAAAUUCUAUAUAUAUAUAUAUAAAUAAAUAUAUAAAUAUAUAAAUAAAAAAGUAUAAAAUAAUAGACACAUUAUUUAAUUUGUAAAGUGCCAUUGCGGUUUUUGAAUAAUCAAUUUAUAUAGUAAAGUUGGUGCUACGCCAUCACAACAUUCCUCCAAAGUUGUAUAAAUGAUGUUAGUUUUUACUUAAAAAAAAAAAAAACAAAAGAAGAU